AUGGCGUUCAGCCUACUCCCCUAAAAACACCAGCAAAUAAACCAAAACAUUGAAUAAUCCUAAUUUUGGAUUAAAUUGCUGUUUUUCACUAGUGUUUAAUAAUUAAGCACUACAAUGAAUAUUAUUAAUAGUAAAUUUUCCAUGAAUGUUCGUGACACUUUAAUCAAAUCGUUCAAACAGUUCAAACAAGACCCAAAUCAACUUAAAAAAAUUGAAAAAAAUACCAGUGAUUCACUUUCUUCAGAUUCCCGAACCGAUGAAAAUGAUAGUGAAAUACCAUUUUUUGACCCUACAAAUCCAACAAAAAUGAUACAGUUCUUGGAAUAUAUCAUUCUCAAUGAAUCUGAUAAAGCAGAUGAGUCAAUUUUUAACAGCUUACUAGAUUGUUAUCUAAUAAAUUGGAAAAAAGCUUCCGAACCAAGUGAGCGGGAUAUCUUAAGAAACAAAAUCAUGUCACUAUUACUAGAUCACAUGGGAAAAUACAGCUUCGAACAAGCAAUGAUUUCAUGUAGGAUGAAUCAUUUUAUUGAUGGACUGCUCUUUUUAUAUGAACAAAUGCAAUUAUAUGAUCUCAUUUUGGACCAUUAUGUCGAGAUUGGUGAUGUAAAUAAAAUUUUGGAAACCUGCGAAAAAUUUAGUGAUCAAGAUGAACGUCUCUGGAUUAGAGCAUUUUGGUACUUUGCUAAAACCUCUGAUGUUGACAUAUCUCUUCUUCAUAGAGUAUUGGAAGAAGUGGACAAAAGAAAUUUGAUUCCUCCGAUCAGUAUUAUUGACAUUUUAUCAAGAAACUCUCCAACUGCCAGUCUUGCUGCAAUCAAAAAUUAUUUGUCUCAAUGGUUGACCAAAAACAGUGAAAUGGUAUCCAAAAACUACGACUUAAUCCAUCAAUACCAAGAUUCAACUGAGAAAAUGCGUGAUGAAAUAGAGUCAAUAAGAACACAGCCAAAGAUAUUUCAAUCAAGUCGAUGUUCUUUCUGCAAAGUUCACCUAGAAUUACCUUCAAUUCACUUUCUUUGUGGCCAUUCAUAUCAUCAAGGAUGUUUAGAGUCUCCUAGUGAUGAAAAAGGAUGUCCACUUUGCUUACCAGAGCAAAUAAAACUAUCAAAUAUGAACAAAAAAGACCAAGAUUUCGAUAUAUUGAACAACCAAUAACUCACAGAUGGAUUCAAAUCGGAACUCAUAAUCUCUUAUCAAGUCCAAAUUGAUUAAUUUAAAUAUUUACAUUGUUUGCUAUUUCCAAUUACGCCUAUCAAAGUUUAUAUCCAACAAAUGCCAUUUAUUUAAAUUAUAAAUUGUUAUUUUGAACAUUUUUCUGGUGUUAUCCCCGAAAAUAACAAAGUGUAGAUAUUUUGUUUUCACCAAUAAUUUUUAAUAGCUGUUUCCAUGUUAAUUGGUCUUCUUAAGAGUAACCAAAUUUUUUACUUGUGGGAAUAAACAAUUAUCACGAUUAAAAUCAAAGAGAAUGAAGUUGAUUAAGAAUCAAAGGAUCUGAAGAAGCAAUGCCACCAACAAGGAAAGACCAUCAGCCAUUCAAGUUAUAAUUAAUUGAUCCUUUACUAUUUUGUUACCAGCAACAUUCAAUGGUUACACCAUGAAUAGAUUGUAUUAUUAUUAUUAUUUUGUUAAAUUCCGACAAUCAUUA